GACAUGGAUGAAACUUUUCAAGUUUUCGAUCAGGUCCUAUCUUUCGCCGGUAUUACGAUAUUCUCUAAACAAAACUGGAAUUCGAAAAAAUGGUUGCUCUUUCAGUGUCUAACCUUUUUCGUCGGUGUCCUGACUUUUGUUUUCACUACCGGAUUCGUGCUAUCCAAUGUUUCUGAUCUCCUGAUAUGCAUCCAGGGCGCAUGUGUGUGGACGACGGGGGUCAUAAUGUUCUUUUCGCUUGGAAUAUGUUUAGUUUUCAGGAAGGAGUUUCGUUUGUUCCUUGAGGAGAUUAUUUUCGACGACUGCGCUCUGAAAAUUCCUUUAAUACAAAAUAUUUUAUGGUUGAAACCGAGUCGAGGAAAGUUAAAGGAGUUGAAGGAGUUGGUUGUAGAGUCCCAGGAGAACUUAUUCAGAUUUACAAGGGUUUUGUUAAAAAUUUACGUUGCAAGCGUUUGGCUGUGUGUGACCCUCUACCUGUGUGGACCGAUAUACGUUAUGUGGAGUAAAAAGGACAAGUCGCUGCGUUUACUAGCAUUCGACAUGUGGUUUCCUUGGGGUCUGGAGAACUUUACCAUUUACGUUGCCUCGUUCCUGUUCCACGCAUACGCCGGAUACUUGUGUUGCAUCGUUUACCCAGGUCUGCAAUCUAUGAUAAUCCUACUAAUUGGUCAAAUAAUACGCCAACUUAGGAUUUUAACGUUUAUAUUACUGCAUUUGGACAAAAUAGUCGAAGAACUGGUAGACGAAAGGGGUGAGAAAUGGCAAGCGGGUUGUACUUUGGUGCUAACACAAUGUGUUAAUCAUUAUAUCAACAUUAAAAGAUUUUUAAACAGAUUGAAUGUAAUAUGCCGGCAAUUUUACUUGGCUUUAAUAUUGGUAGCUAUAAUGCUUGUCUGUGUGUGUUCUGUGAAGAUAGCAAUUUCGAAUAAACUUUCCCCAGAUAUAAUGAAGUACUACGUUCACGAGUUCUGUUUUAUCUUAGUUGUUCUAAUGUUCUGUUCGCUGGGACAGCAAGUCGACAAUGAGUGUGAAAAACUAGAGGCAGCUGUCACAGAGAAAUGGUACAUUUAUAACGCAAGCCACAAGGUCAAUGUACGAAUCUUCAAAAUGGCUCUCAGUCAGAGGAUGCCUAUAUACAUUUUUGGCUCGGUGACUCUUUCCUUACCGACCUUUACUUGGUUUAUCAAGACAGGGAUGUCCUUCUUCACUUUAGUGAUGUCAGUACUUGAAAACUAAAAAAAAAAAAUUAAACUAAAAUACAAGUUGUCCUAACACAAUAAGUACAAUAGUGUUAUUAAAGUAG